GUAAGUAACGUAAGUGAAGGGCUGAAUCAAGGAAAAAAAGAGCAUCAUAACUGCAUGCUGUUCGCCUGGAACGCAUGAGAGGAUUAUUUAAGUGAAUAUAGCCAAGAAGCUAAUAACUAUAUUUAUAAUUUCAGUGUUUAUGUGACUUCUCUCACCCUCCAUGUGCUCGUCUUCUCUUCCAGUGCAUGAGGAGCGUUUCUCUGCUGCAGACCGCCACAGCCUGAAGCCAUCCUGCCAAAUCUGGAGACCAUGUCUGGAGCCUACGACGAGUCCGCAAGCCAGGAGGAGACCACAGACAGUUUCUGGGAGGUUGGGAACUACAAACGUACAGUGAAGCGGAUUGACGAUGGUCACCGGCUCUGUAAUGACCUGAUGAACUGCAUCCAGGAGCGUGCCAAAAUCGAGAAAGCCUACGCACAGCAGCUGACGGAGUGGUCCAAGAGAUGGAGACAGCUGGUAGACAAAGGGCCUCAGUACGGCACAGUGGAGCGAGCCUGGAUGGGGGUGAUGACGGAGGCGGAGAAGGUGAGCGAGCUUCACCAGGAAGUGAAAAACAACCUGAUCAACGAGGACUUUGAGAAGGUGAAGAACUGGCAGAAAGACUUGUACCACAAACAGAUGAUGGGAGGAUUCAAGGAAACCAAAGAGGCGGACGAGGGCUUCAAGAAGGCUCAGAAACCCUGGGCCAAAAAGCUAAAAGAGCUCGAGGCAGCCAAGAAGUCCUACCACAUGGCGUGCAAAGAGGAGAAGCUGGCAUCAACCAGAGAGGCCAACAGUAAAGGAGAGGCCUCUGUGACCGCAGACCAGCAGAAGAAACUCCACGAGAAACUGGACAAAUGCAAACAGGACUCACAGAAGGCGAAGGAGAAGUAUGAGAAAGCUCUGGACGAGCUGAGUAAGUGCACUCCACAGUACAUGGAGAACAUGGAGCAGGUGUUCGAUCAGAGCCAGCAGUUUGAAGAGAAGAGGCUGAGCUUCCUCAGGGAGGUGCUGUUGGACGUCAAACGCCACCUCAACCUCACAGAAGACCAAAGCUAUGCUACAGUGUAUAGAGAUCUUGAACGCACCAUCACAUCGUCCAGCGCACAGGAAGAUCUGAAGUGGUUCAGCAACAUGCACGGCCCCGGCAUGCAUAUGAACUGGCCACAGUUUGAGGAGUACAACCCAGACCUCACCCAUAACAUUUCCAAGAAAGAAAAGUCGAAGAAAAGCAGUGACGGAGUGAUGCUGACUAACGUUACGACGGCAGUAGACCACGCUCAGGCUGGAGACCGGGGAAGUGUCAGCAGCUACGAGAAGAAUCAGGCGUUCACGGCCUCCACGGAGUGGUCGGACGAGGACCAGACAGCCCCGAACUCAGGCAACGACACCAACGGAGGGACGAACCCCUUCGACGAGGAAGUGGGCAAAGGCGUGAGAGUGAGAGCGCUGUACGACUACGAAGGCCAGGAGCAGGACGAGCUCAGCUUCAGAGCAGGGGACGAGCUGACGAAGCUGGAGGAGGAGGACGAGCAGGGCUGGUGUAAAGGUCGUCUAGACAGUGGCCAGCUGGGUCUUUACCCGGCCAAUUAUGUGGAGCCGAUGUAGCUGUUCUAGCUGAGGACGCUUGUCUCGUCAGAGGGUGAACCCCAGACUAAACCGUCCAGUCCUAACUGCACAUUGCCAGAGACUUGAAAGCAAAGCUUCCUCUUCCCGUCGGGCACAGUGAGCAGACUUCAUCUCAGCACUCGUCACAGAGGAGACUUUACCCAAACAGGAUCCCAUCAUCGUCCAAAUACUGAAGCAAAAUAUUUUAGUCUCUUUUGUGUGUAGCUGUGUUUGAUGCUAACAUGCCAUACAGUACGUUCUCUCAUCAUAAUAUUGAUAUGGUAUCGUCAGUUGUGCCUGGAUAGCGAGAAUGAGCUAUGCAUUGUGCAUUUCAUGUAUAUAUUUUAAUCUUUUUUUACAGUCUGGAUGCUUGUACAGUUUUUUUCUCAUUGACAUGACAGUGUUUUCUCUUUUUCUCUGUGAAAUAUUUACAUGUUUAGCAUGAAAGGAAUAGUUUGUCAUUUGGGGCAAUUUGCUUAUUCGCUUUCUGUUUGAGAAUUACAUUUAUACCAUUCUCUCACACAGUGUCUUGUUCCUCAGGCAAAGUCUGGUCAUUAACCUAAUCUUUGCCUUAACAACAAGAUUAAAAAUACAGGAAAGUUCACGCCUAAUUGUAACUUCGAAGAGAGAUGAUAAUUUAUUUUAUACACUUAGAUUUUUGCUCUAUGUGCUGCUGCACAAACUAGACUGACUGACCCUCAUAAUGUUAUAUUGGAAAAUAUGUACAAUGAAAUAGUGUUCAUAUAUAUAUAUAUAUAUGACAUUUAAUGGAUUAAAUUAUUUUGAACUGCAAAAAUCUACUCAAAUUUGGAUUACACUAGGUGUGAAACCAAAUAUACUAAUCAUAAGAAAACAUGAAUACUAUAUUCUGUAUGAAAUUAUUAACACGUGCAUCAAAUAAACUGGUAGCAGGCAAGUCGUUUUUAAAUUGAACAUUUAUGGUGAGCCUGUCAUCUAAUUUUCCACAGACAAAAACAAUAAGCACGCCUUAUGUCCGACUAUUCCUUGAAUGCAUUUAGUUGUUUUCCUGCUGAACUCCAUAGCAUGUCACUGAAUUAGGAAUUUUUACCGAAAUAAAAGACAGCUCAUCAUCAGUAAAAUAAACACACACAGUCGCUCAGCAGAGCUUCUCUUUGAAAUGGAAAUAUGUACUCUACCAAACCGUGCAACAAUUGUUUACAUUAACCUCGACUGUCCCACCCGUCACUGACAAGGUGCCUGUUAAAACUAUUACAUUUCAUUCAGCUCCUCCUCCUGUGUUGUCUUACUGUGUUAAUAACGCAAAACCCGCCUGGAAAUGAGCUUAAUUUCACAACAAAUGAUGAAAUUGUUUAUUUAUUUCUGCUGUUAAUGAGACUUGUUUACUAUGAGUGGAUGUCAGCGACUCUGUAUUAUCAGCUUCCAGCUCUUAUCUCUGUGAUUAUGUGCAUGCUGACGCUCCUACACACUGUUUACCGCUCUGAUCUGAACUGAUCCAGUGCAUGGCCUCAAUUUGUUUAAACCAAAUUAUUGACAAUUUCUUAAUCAAAUUAAAAUUCCUAUCAGGAUGAUUAUGGUUUUCAACAAAGUGCUGAUUGGUUUCACUGUGUACAAAACUACAGGUGUGUUAAAUAUACACGUCUUUAUAGUAGGGCUGCAACUCACAGAUAUUUUCAUCUUUGAUUAAUGAUCAAUUUGAUAAAUUAUUAAGUCUAUAAAAUGUCAGAAAAUAGUAAAAAAAAAAAAAAAAAAAUCUCCAUUCCAGUUUUUUGUCUUGUUUUGUCAAUCCAAAACCCAAAGAUAUUCCAUUUAAUGUGAUAUGAAACAGAGAAAAGCAGAAAACCUGCAUAUUUUCUGACACUUUUUGCAUGGAAAAUAACUAACAAUUACUGGAAUAUCAAAAUAGUUGCAGAUCUUUAGAAACUAGUUGUUGCGGCUCUACUUUAAGGCUUCAAUAUUUUGUUUUUAAAUCAGAAAAUUUAACUUUUUGUAAACAAAGAUUAGGACUGCAUGUGGCAGUACAUUAUUGUGUUGAUUGGUUUGUAACCGCAGGUGUUGAUGAAAACUACACCUUUUGUCGAUGAGGAACGUGGGUGUAGUCUUACUGACGCAGACAGAGAAGGCUGUAAUGAGCGGCGCACAAAAAAAGCAGAAAGAGGAUCCGUCUCUGAAAUAUUGAUGAGACAUUUGCCUUUUCUGCUGCAAGAGAGAAGUUCAUUUUCAAAAGACCCAGGAGGGAAAUGUCUCUUGUACCGUGUUUGUGCUUCUGUGUGCUUUUUAAACAUGUAUUGCUCCUUGUAUAAGCACUGGAUUCAGCGGGGUGAAAUAAAUAUUGCCUUACCAAAAUCUACCACCCUGCCACUCCAAAGACUCUCAACCAUCAUGUUUAACAAAAGCGAACAAGAGCUCGCUCACAGAAUCUGACUCCUGCCUCUGCAGCUCGGUUUACACCGACACGACACGGUUCUUUGUCUGACUGAAGAUGAUAUGAAUUUAAAGACUUGUAUUUGAAACCGAACUGGACUGUUAAAAAAGUGUGUAAAAGCUACAACAUCCACUGUGAAACUACUGUGAUACACUGAAGGAUGGUAAAUCAUAUUUUAAAAAAAUACUCAAAUGCUUCUUUCUUUUCUGUCUGGAAACAUUGAUCUGCAAUAUUAAGGGAAACUUUUUAGAGGGCUUUCUCUAUUUCUUUUCUGUAGCAUAGUGCUGUAAAUUCCAAACUGUAGUGCCUGUUCAUCUGCAUACGCAAAAAUAAAAGAUGUCAUCAGAAAACUCUGAGGCACAAAUGA